AUGACUUCAGAAAUCACCAACCAACUAGCAGCAACGCAGCUGAGCGAUGCUGCGCCGUCAGGAGAGGCAAGCUGGAAAGCCGGGCUGAAUGCGCCAGCGAAGGAUGCGCGACCCCAGACAGAGGACGUUACAGCGACCAAAGGCCUCGAGUUUGAAGAUUUCUUCAUCAAGCGCGAGCUUAUGAUGGGCAUCUUCGAAGCCGGAUUCGAAAAGCCGUCACCUAUCCAAGAAGAGACGAUCCCAGUAGCCCUCACCGGUCGAGACAUUCUUGCGCGAGCGAAGAACGGUACUGGAAAGACUGCCGCCUUUGUUAUUCCUACCCUCGAGCGCAUAAACCCGAAGAGCCCCAAGACGCAAGCUCUGAUCCUUGUGCCCACCAGAGAACUCGCGCUACAAACAUCCCAAGUGUGCAAACAAUUGGGACAGCACCUCGGUAUCAACGUCAUGGUCUCGACUGGUGGUACAGGACUGAAGGACGACAUUAUACGUUUGAGCGACCCCGUUCACAUCAUUGUCGGAACACCGGGCAGAAUCCUCGACUUGGCUGGAAAAGGCGUAGCGGAUCUUUCCGCUUGCCAAACAUUUGUCAUGGACGAGGCUGACAAGCUCCUCUCACCUGAGUUUACCCCAGUUGUAGAGCAGCUUCUUGGCUUCCACCCCAAGGACAGACAAGUCAUGCUUUUCUCUGCUACCUUCCCUAUUGUAGUCAAGAGCUUCAAGGACAAGCACAUGAACUCUCCGUACGAAAUUAACCUCAUGGAUGAGCUGACGCUCCGUGGUAUCACUCAAUACUACGCUUUCGUUGAGGAGAAGCAGAAGGUCCACUGCUUGAACACCCUCUUCAACAAGCUCCAGAUUAAUCAGUCCAUCAUUUUCUGUAAUUCGACGAACCGUGUCGAGCUUCUUGCUAAGAAGAUCACUGAGCUUGGAUAUUCCUGCUUCUACUCGCAUGCGCGUAUGCUUCAGCACAACCGUAAUCGUGUCUUCCACGACUUCCGCAAUGGUGUAUGCCGAAACCUCGUCUGUUCGGACUUGCUCACUCGUGGUAUCGAUAUUCAAGCCGUCAACGUUGUAAUCAACUUUGAUUUCCCUAAGAACGCCGAGACAUAUCUGCAUAGGAUUGGUCGAUCUGGUCGUUUUGGACAUUUGGGUCUGGCUAUCAAUUUGAUCAACUGGGAAGAUCGCUUCAAUCUUUACAGGAUCGAACAAGAGCUUGGUACAGAGAUCCAGCCCAUUCCCCAGGUCAUCGAAAAGAACCUAUACGUUUACGAAUCGCCCGAGUCCAUCCCUCGCCCUAUGUCCAACGCCCAGCGCACUCCGAUCCAAGGUCAGCCACAAGAACAAGACGGUGCCGCACGCGGUAACGCCAACGCUCGAGGAGGUUUCCGUGGCGGACGUGGUGGCGGUGGUCAAUUUCAAGGACAACGCCGAGGUCCUCCACAAAACCAACAGAAUCGUCAACCAAACGGUCAGAAUCCUCAGCGAAACCCUAGGCCACAACCCACUGGUCCGCCUCCGGCCUCGUAA